GCAGUCACCAUGGAUACAAAAUCCACAGUCAAGAUAUCUGGUGAGAUUGUACCAGUUGAUCCCAAUCUUAUUUUCCAGAGGUUAGUUACUGCUGGGGUAGACAGUAGCAGUAUCAUGAAUUAUGAGCUCUGCACUUUCCCUCCAGCCCUCUUUGCUUCACGGGUUGCUUUAAGAACAUCCAAUAAGGCAACCCUAGCACAAGCCAUGUGGUCAGAUGGACUAGACAACCCCGGACCACAGGGUGACAUCAAUUAUAUUUUAGAUGGUGGGGCACUGCUUCAUCGCAUACCUUGGACUUUCGGUAUUACAUGGAAUGACAUUGCACACCAGUAUGUCACAUAUGUCCUAAGGAGGUAUAAGAGAGCUGUAGUGGUGUUUGACGGUUACCUUUAUGGCCCCUCUACUAAGGAUUCUACACACCUGAGACGUUCCAACAGUAUUAUGAGCACAGCUGUCAUGUUCACUGGGGAAAUGAAGCUGCAAAGUAGAAAGGAAGAGUUCCUUGCCAACAAAGAAAACAAACAGAGGUUCAUCAAGUUCCUUGGUGACAAGUUGGAACGAGCUGGAGUCGAAGUUAUCCAAGCUGCAGGAGAUGCAGAUCUCAGUAUUGCCAAAGCUGCAGUUGCCUCUUCAGACAAAUGUGAUACUAUCCUUGUGGGUGAUGACACCGAUCUUCUGGUGCUCCUACUGUAUCAUGCCAAGGACAUGGAGUUUAACAUUUUUUUUAAACCACAACAAAAGAACAACGCCAAAAGACCAUCAAAGUGCUGGAACAUUAGGACAACAAGGGCCAAGUUAGGAAAUGAUGUAUGCAACAAUAUUCUCUUCAUCCAUUCCAUCUUAGGAUGUGACACAACAUCAUUUCCCUAUGGAAUAGGAAAACGGGUAUCUUUAAUGCGCAUGAGAAGUCCUUUCUUCAAACAGCAGGCAAUUGCAUUUGCCAGUGACAAUUCAUGUCAAGAAAGGAUAAUUGAGGCCGGUGAACAGGCACUAGUCUCUUUAUAUGGUGGCGAGGAAGGUGAAGCUAUUAAUGGCCUUCGACUACGACGUUUUUGUGAAAAAACCUACCGUAAAACAACACCUGUGCAUCCACAGGUACUUCCACCAACAUCUAAUGCCACCAAAUAUCACAGUCUUCGGGUAUAUUAUCAAGUCCAGACAUGGAUGAGUGAAGUGGUAGAUCUAGACCCAUUGGAAUGGGGUUGGGAAAUAGUGGGCGCAAACAUGCUGCCUAUAGCAAUGGACAUUGACCCAGCUCCACAGCACAUUCUUGAAAUGAUCAGAUGCAACUGCAAAUCAGGUUGUUACAAUCUGCGAUGCUCUUGUCGGAAAAACAACAUCGAAUGCUCCUUAGCUUGUGGAGAGUGCAGAGGGUCUUGUGCCAAUUCUUCACAAGUUUAUGACCCCUCAGAUGAUGAAGAUUAAUUUAUUGGUUACAUUCAUUGAAGUUUUUUUUUGUAUAAUUUGUUGAAAAUAAUUACAAAAGCUUUGUAACCCAAAUUGAUCAAUUCAUAUCUAGCCAAAUAUUUAAAUAAAGGUUUACCUGAAGGAGACAUAGUUUCGUUGUCAUCUUUCAACCUUUUUGCGAAGCCAUGAUAACUCGCAACAUCAUUUGUUUAAGUUUUUAAGUAAAAACUGAGCUAUGACUGGU